AUGGCGCUCCAUCAAUUACUCGCCCAACAGGUCACAACACGAAAUCUUCCUGUUCUUGCAGUUGGAGCUGCUUUUCUCAUCUUCAUCUUUCGAAAGCUUUUCACAAGCAGCCAAAAGUCUGACGCAAAAGGCUGGAAGCCGAUACCUCGCUAUUGGCAGUGGGAUCCAAUAUGGGGUCUUGACCUAGUAGCGAGCCAGAUCCAUGCUUUGCGAUCAAACCAGUUCUUAGCAUGGCUCGCCAAGCUUCAUGCCAGCAUGCCUCACACAAAGACAUUUAGCAUCAACAUGUUUGGUGUUAAGUGGAUUUACACCUAUGAUCCUGAAGUUCUCAAAGCUGUUUAUGCGACUCACUUCAAGGAGUUUGGAGUCACACCUAUUGGUAAUCUUCGAAGAGGACUGACUCCUUUCGCCGAUAAGGGCGCUAUUACUACUGACGGUGAGGACUGGAAGCACAGUCGCUUCCUGAUCCAGCCCUUCUUUGAUCGUCAGGUGUAUACAAGCACCGACAGAGUAGCUCGACACACGGACCAGUUCAUCAAACUACUACCUGAAAAUGGCGAAACGGUUGAUCUGCAGCCUCUACUGCAACGAUGGUUUCUAGACAUCGCCACGGAGUUCAUCUUUGGCGAGUCAACUGAAGCUUUGGUAUACCCUGAGCGUGCCAAGAUUGCCAACACAAUGCUUGACGUUCUCGAUGGUGGUCGUCUCCGCGCUCAGCUUAACAGACUCAUGUUUCUUCGCGAUUGGACUCCAUGGCUGAAGUCAGUUGAAGAGAUCCACGCCUUCGUUACCCCUCCCAUUCAAGAAACCAUCAAGGAGAAACAUGAGCGUGAAAAGAAGAUCAAGGAGGGCGCAACUGACUUGGAGCCUGAGCGAACUGAUCUUCUCUGGACAAUGGUACAAAACCUUGAGGACGUUAAGGAGCUGAGAUCGCAGAUCUGCUUGAUUCUCGUCGCCAAUAUUGACACUACGUCCGUCUUCAUUAGCAACUGCGUCUGGUGGCUUGCUCGUUAUCCUGAUGUCUGGGAUAAGAUCCGCCAGGAGGUGCAUGAGUUGGGCGACAUCCCGAUGAAUUUCUCAGUUCUUCGAAACAUGAAGUAUCUGAACUGCGUCAUGAAUGAGACUCAUCGCAUGAUCCCCAAUAACGUCUCUCAACUUCGCGGUGCCUUUGAGGAUGUCGUGAUACCAGUAGGCGGUGGUCCAGAUGGCAAAUCACCGACCCUCAUCCGCAAGGGUGAUCUGGUUCUCAUCAACAAGACCGUCAUGUACCGUGAUCCCGAGGCAUGGGGCGAGGACUCAAAUGAAUUCAAGCCUGAGAGGUUCGACGGAUAUCGAGGCUCGUGGGGUUUUUUGCCUUUUGGUGGUGGACCAAGACGGUGCCCGGCUCAGAUGAUGGUUCAGACUGAGGCGGCGUAUAUCCUUGCUCACCUUGCUAAGAUUUUCAAGCGCAUCGAGCCUCGCGACCCAGAGCCGUACGUGCCUGUUAUGAGGAUUGGGCCGUCGAAUAAGACUGGUGUCAAGGUGGCUCUAUACAGAUGA